UUUGAGCUUAAGUCCACUGGUUAGUAAAUGAUAGGUCUUCUGUACAAAUUCAAGUCCACUAGUUGAGUCUCAUUUGCGGGACAUGUAAGUAAAUGAUAUAUGAUUCGUAAUUGGUAUCUCUCUCAACAUGUGUCUGAAUCUCUAAACCUCAAAGUUAACGCUUGAUUAGUAUAUGUAUGAUAGGUCUUCUGUGCAAAUUCAAGUUCAAGGGUUGACUUCCAUUUGAGGGACGCGUAAGGAAAUGAUAUAUGAUUCGUUAUUGGAUCUCUCCCAAAAGGCCAAAAUGUACUGAUUCAGGAUAAUUUCAAACUGGUUCCAAUGGCAAAGGAUAAGCAAGCAAUAUAGGGCAUGAACAAGCAUGGUUCAUCUGUGUCUUUAACUGGCCAGUCUCUUGCUUCUGUUACAAGGUUUCUUUCCCAGCUUGGCAUGUGAGGCAGGCAAUACUUGUACUGCAAUUUUUGGACAACUUAUGAAGUCAACUCUAUCAGUACAGACUACCAAGUCUCCCCUGUACAGAGAAGUACAUUUUACUAGGUCUCAGAAUUCUAAUGUUCAUUUCCAUUUUUGAAGUUCUUUUAAGUAUAGAAAGUUUCCAAUUAUUAGUUUCCAUUUACAAACAUAUAUGCUGGUUUUCUGCACUUAGACUCUAAUAAAUGUCUAAAACAUUGCAAUGAUGCAGCAUUUCUCAACCCUCAAGUUAAUUAAUGCUUCCAAGAUCUGACUUUUUCAGCAGAAAAAAAUUGAAGAACAACCCCAAAAGGCCAAAACCCACCUGCUCCACACAGCACAUAGCCAUGACAUCAUUCAUCAACUGGGCAAUUAGUAAAAUUCUUCUUGUAUAAGAACCCACCACCUCUAAUUGCCAAAAGAACCAGGAAGCUUCUUCCUUUCUUCACAAUGGCAAGCACAUCAUCAUCUUCCAGCAGCCAUGGCCAGUUGUUCAAGAUGGCCACUUCUUUCGCGGUGGUAGCAUUGCUAGCGAUAUAUGCAUCAGCACACGAUGGUCCAGGAGACCAUAUGCACUCACCAGCCCCAUCUCCGAAAUGGUUGGCCAGCCUGGUGGUUCUUCCUCUGCAGUUGGAAUCAGCUACUCCCUGGAUGCCACGUUAUUAUUUGGUUCAUCCACCUUGGCUUUCUUCCUUUCUAUGUUUGACUGAGCUCGCUUAUAUUUGUUCUUUUCGUUGUGAUAUGAUCAUAUGUUGAAGAAUAAGUGGAGCUGGGAUGUGAUCUUAUUGUGUACAUCAUUCCUUUGUUAUGUGACACAUUGUGAAUGUUAUUGGUUUCAUUGGUACUUAAUGUUUUGUAUUUCAACUUAUUAAUAAAUUCUGAUCAGACCAACAUUUGUUUGUUGAAAAUUUGAUAAAAGUCAUUGAGAUGAGAGAUUUCGAACAAUCUCAGCCUUCGUCUUUGUUUUAUACAUGUCCUAGGCUCCUAGCCAAGACAACCAAAUUUGUCAAUACAAAGAUAUUGAACUGUCCUCUGCUGUGAGUUUAACACUACUAAAUACGCCAUGACGGAGCUAUUGCGAGGAGUGAAAGUGUAAAACACUAUGAAACGGAUCGCCGCCAGGCUAAAGCCCCGGCCUUUACCGCCCGUCUCGGUGCCGUGUUCCCCUCCUCAGCCGCCGGCCAACGUCUCAUCCUCUUCUUUGCUAUCGGAGUUCACCAAGUUAUGCCAUCAGCAAGACUUACCCAGAGCGAUGAAAGCUCUGGACGAUUUGGAAACCCAUGGACUCCGGGCUGACCCGGCCGUCUAUUCCGACCUCCUCAACGCUUGCCUCUCCCGCCGCGCCGCACCUCUGGCCAUCCGCCUCCAAUCCCACAUCUUAUCUUCUCCCCACUCUCCUCAUACCUUCCUUCUCAACAUGUUGCUCAGCAUAUAUGUCAAACUCCGUCUCUUGCCUCAGGCCCGUUCCCUGUUCGACGAAAUGCCUCAGAGAAAUGUAGUCUCCUGGACGACCAUCAUCUCUGCUCACGCUAACGUCCCCGAGCUCUCCCACAACGCUCUCCACUUCCUCGUCUCCAUGCUCCGCCACGGCGUCACGCCCAACAUGUUCACCUACUCUUCCGUCUUGAGAGCCUGCGGCUGCGUCUCCCAUCUCGUCCAGCUCCAUUCUAGCAUUUACAAACACGGACUGGAAUCCGAUGUCUUCGUCAGGAGUGCUCUUAUCGACGCUUAUUCCAAAUGGGGGCUCCCACAAGAAGCACUCCGCGUGUUCGACGAAAUGCCUACCGGUGAUUUAGUAGUUUGGAAUUCCGUCAUUGCUGCUUUUGCUCAAAACAGCAAUGGCCACGAAGCGCUCCAUCUUUUCAAAAGGAUGAAGAGAGCUGGUUUUGACCCCGAGCAAUCUUCACUGACCAGCGUUCUCAGUGCAUGCACUAGCUUAGCACUCUUGGAGCUGGGGAGACAAGCUCAUGUCCACGUAUUCAAGUACCAUCAGGACUUGAUCCUCAACAACGCCCUCCUCGAUAUGUACUGCAAGUGUGGCGGCGUGGAAGAUGCCAACACCAUUUUCACCCGGAUGGCAGACAAGGACGUAGUCUCUUGGAGCACCAUGAUUGCCGGGCUGGCCCAAAAUGGUUACAGCAGAGAGGCACUCAAGUUGUUCGACUCCAUGAAAGAUUCAUCAACACAACCGAACUACAUCACACUUCUUGGUGUUCUUUUCGCCUGCAGCCAUGCUGGGCUCGUGGAAGAUGGCUGGUGCCAUUUCCGAUCAAUGAAGAAGCUUUACGGGAUUGAACCUGGCAGAGAACAUUAUGCUUGCAUGCUCGAUCUUCUAGCAAGAGCAGGGAAGCUCAACAAAGCGGUUGAGCUGAUUAACGAGAUGGGAUUCGAACCUGAUGGAGCGAUGUGGAGAACUUUGCUUGAUGGUUGCAGGGUUCACAAGAAUGUGGAUCUAGCAAUGCAUGCUGCUGAGCAAAUUCUGAAGCUGAAUCCACAAGAUGCGGGAAGCUACAUACUCCUGUCGAACAUCUAUGCAAACGCUGGAAGGUGGGAUGAUGCGGCAGGAAUUCGGAAGGUGAUGAACGAGAAAGGGAUCAAGAAACAACCUGGAUGCAGCUGGAUUGAAGUGGGUAAACAGAUUCAUACUUUCGUUCUUGGAGAUGAGUCUCAUCCGCAGAUCAAUGAGAUUAAGAUCCAGCUGGAGUCGCUGAUUCAGCGACUCGUGAGAGCUGGUUAUGUCCCUGAUUUGAACUUUGUGAUGAAGGAUUUGGAAGGAGAGGAACAAAGGGGAGAUUGUCUGAGGUACCACAGCGAAAAGCUGGCGGUGGUGUUUGGUAUAAUGAAUUUGCCCAAGGGACAAACUGUCCGGAUCAGGAAGAACCUCAGGAUAUGCGGCGACUGUCACCUAUUUGUGAAACUUGCAUCGAAGUUGGAGAAGAGGACAAUUGUGAUUAGGGAUCCCAUACGGUACCAUCAUUUCCAUGAUGGAGCUUGCUCUUGUGGAGAUUACUGGUAACGAAGUUGUGGGAAAGAUAAGGCAAAGGAAUCAGUAAAACUUAGGUUCUUUGUUGAUGUAGAUUAGCCAACUGAAUUGCCCUUAUAGGUAACCAGUUAUGUGUUUUUUUGUUCUCAUUUCUCAGUACUUGCUUGCAUUGGUUCAUGUGGGGUAUUGAAAAAAAGUUGUGUAUAUGUGCAGGGGAAUCGUUGGGGUUGUUAAGAUGCUGAUGCAGGGUCAGAGGUAGUUGCAAUGGGACAUACAGAAACAUGUAUUUAUGCUCAUCUGUAUAUCCAUUUUGUGAUAACAAGAAAGAAGAGAGUUUAACAUAUUCAUUCACUGUACGAUCAAUGGAUUGCCAUGGUCUCUACCAAAGACUCACAAACUGCAUAUAUGGACUGCAAUGCCCCUUCAUUUUUUUUUACCGCAGAUCAAAUAACCUGUCGUUGGGGAGUCAAACAAGAGCUAAAACAACUCACUGCCGAUUGUAAGUUUUUUUCCAUUGUGCCAAUCUCAGAAAUAUAGUUAGCCAGACUAAACUGAUUGAUCAACCUAGAGCUAGACAGAUAGAGAGCUUCAUGACUUUUCCAUUCUCAUUUUUCAUAUGUUACACUGUUCUCGGUUACUACUUUACAGUCUUAUCUGACAAUAACUGUCAUUCUGCAGUUGUCCAAGCCCCCUUUCUAUCGCUUUUGAAAAGAUUUCUGCUUUGGACAUUUAUUUGGCAUUGAAUUGAUAUUAUUCUCUUCUAAGUAGAUGGGUUCUACGAUAAAUUCAUGGAAAGGUUUGGAAAUACAACAGUUGUUUGGAAAGUAAGUUCAUGAAUUUUCUAAUUCCCCUUGUCCCUUCUCUGAAUUUUAGGAAAGACAUAGAUUUAAGGUUAGUGCCCGAUUCAUAUGAAACUGUAAGUUGUCUAAUCCUAUUUUAGCUUAUGAAAACUUGGAUUUCCUUUCUUUUCUUUCUUGAUUACCUUUAGGUUACUUUGAUUCACCGAGAUCAAUGGAGCUUACUUCAAUUUUGUAGAGAAAGCAGUUAUUCCACUCUGUAUUUCCAAGUCUUCCAGUUAGAUUGCGAUAAUGACUCAAGUUGGUUCUAGAGUUAGAAGGUACAGCAUUGAUCGAUCUUUACUGAUGUUCUAACCUGUCAAUGAAAAGCUCCUCCCUUAGCAUACCUUGGAUGGGAGUCAAAAGCUUUCCAGUGUCACUCUUUUAGUUUUCUCCUUUGCUGGUGAAUUUAUUGUGAUGGGUUCUCCUCAGACUUUGGUUAAGUUAGUGAAUUUGAUGUUAUUAGUUAAUGUGUUUUCAGGCAAUGCAUGGUGUUAUUAGUUAAUACUUUUUUGUUAAUGAAUUUCUCAUUUUAAAACAUCAAAUGUUGGAUUAAGGCAGUCCUUGGUUUCAAUUCAAUGGCUAAAAAAUAGUUAUUGCUUAUACAACUUCUAUUACUUCUGCUAUAUUUCCAGGCUUUGGAAAUCAGCCUGACGUAGAGACUGGUAACGAAGUCUUGGGAAAGACAAGGCAAAGGAGCCAGUAAAUUCUAGGUUCUUCGUUGAUGCAGGUUAUUAAACUGAAUUGUAGUUAACCAGGUAUGUCUGUAUUAUUUGUUCUCAUUUCUCAGUACUUGCUUGCAUUGGUUCAUGUGGGGUAUCAAAAAAAAGUUUAUGCUGUCUGUUCUUCAUUGCAGUGCAUCGUAGAUCCUAUUAUCUCUUAGUUGGAGUAUUCUAUUCGAUCCCUAGAUUGCUUUCAUUGUGUUGCAGUUAGCUUGCAUCCAUCUGGUAAUGAUUGGCAAAUGGCAAGGAAAAUUUGGCAUUUGCAUGUGGAUUUCUUUUUAGUCGAUUGGGAUUCAAUUAGUUAAGAAAAUUUGACUACUGGU